AUGAUUACAAAAGUAGUCGUGAUUCUCCUUCAAGCUUAUCUAUUUUAUUUAAUAACUUUUCCUCCAAAAUCAAUUAAGUUGAAACCUUCACAAACCUACAAAGUUGAAGGAAUUAGUGGAUUAUUAUUGAUCCAUUUUGGGAUUUAUAUUGCACGACUUGCAAAUAUUUAUUUAUCCUUAUAUUACGUUUAUUUGAUGUAUCAACAGGAAAUUGAUAAUUUACCAAUUCCAGCUUUGUCACCUUCAAAAGAAACAACUUAUUUUAAUUUCGUUUAUGAAAUGUCCAGAACGCAUAAAUUAUCAGAAUGGAAUUUAGAGGAAAUGUUAUUUUGUUUUAUGUCGAUACUGGGAAGUAUGUUAAGAUUAUGGUGUUAUAGAGUUAUGAACGAGUUUUUUACUUUUAACGUUGAGAUAAAGAAAGAUCAUAAAUUGAUUACUACCGGACCAUAUCGACUGCUAAUUCAUCCAUCGGUAAAAACCAUGAUUAAAUAA